UCACGUGACAUAAGAAAUGUCAGAAUGGAGUUGAAAUGCGAUGGUAAAUUCAAUUGUUUAAUUUCGGUAUUAAUAUGUUUUCUUUUAUCGGUUACUUAUGUAGGAAGUUUAUAUAUAUGGAGAACUGCACAAAACAGAGACCACCCAGAUGUAGUGAAAAAGAGGUUUAUAAGUGUAUUCGUAAUGUUUUUCAUUUCACCAAUAUUUCUUUAUAUUGGCAUUAACAAGUCUAUAUUAGACCAGGUUCCUUUGAAUAUUCUUUUGGGACUGAGGGUCAAAGGCUUAUUGCAAGGAAUAUUCAUGCCAUGGUUCCUGACGAUGAUUUUAUUUCUAGGACCUCUUGCAAUGCAGACAUGUAAUGGUUAUUUGAAAUUGUACACAGAGCCAAUGCACUGGAUAUCCAGCUUUAAAAAUUUACUCUGGAUAAGAAAUUUUUUGGUUGCCCCAUUAUCUGAAGAAUUUACAUUUAGAUCGUGUAUGAUGCCUUUACUCUUACAGUGUUUUCCACCUAUGACUGUUGUUUUUACAGCACCUCUGUUUUUUGGAACAGCACAUUUUCAUCACCUUCAAGAAAGGAGAAAGAUGGGAUUCUCCUUCAAAUCAGCUUUACAGAUCUCAUGUUUUCAAUUUGUAUUCACUACGCUAUUUGGCGCAUAUUCUGCCUUCAUCUUCCUCAGAACUGGUCAUUUUGCUUCAAUCUUCGUAGUUCACGCUUUCUGCAACCACAUGGGUUUCCCUAAUUUCGAAGAAGUGGCAAACUAUAAGGGGCCUAAGAAAGUGACUAUAAUUUCCUUAUUUUUUGUUGGUUUAAUUUCUUGGUGCUACUUAUUAUUUCCUUUGACGGAACCUUCUUGGUACUAUAAUGAAUCUCCAUGGACUGCUACAUCCAGUUGAUGUUGAUAUGCAAUAAUUGGUUUAGAUAAUUUUUAAUUAACUUUACUGCCAAACUUGACAAAGAUUUUUAGGACGUUUUAAAGUAGGUACUGACUGGAGCAUAUUCGGAUAGAAAUCAAUAAUAUGGUCCACUUGGUUCAUUACUUCGACUUCAUACAUGGUCAUCUUGAAUAUCUUUUUUUUCUUGAAAUUUCUCAUAUUAGAAGUUGUAUAUUUCGAACCAGUUUUAGUUAAUCAAUCUCUAGUCAAAUAGUAGAAUCACCCCUCAUACAUUUCAUUAUUGUGGUGCUGAACCAAAACACAAAAAUAAUUGCAAUAAUCGUCAACAACUUGUCUACACUUCCUUUUUGCCAUAUUUAUACUAACCUAUCUUCCUCCUACUUGGCUGUGAUUGUUCUAAAGGAAGAAUUCUGCAUAUUCGAAUUUCUGAAUGUGAAAAAAAGUAAAGAAAAAAUUUUUUCAAAUGGAUAUUUCUAAAAAAAAAAUCAGCUCAAGUAACACCCCAAAGCAUAUUUGUUAAUUAUGAAAAAAUGUUGAGAAGAGUGUUAGAUAUGUAAAACGAAUAAAUUUGAGUUCUGUUGAA